AUGAAGGCAAUCGAUACAAUAUUGUUUGAUGUGUCUAAAAAUGAAUUGUUCAAGAUUAACGAGAACUAUAAGAUGCUGCAUAGAAAACUGAAGACAACGUGGAAAGUUAUGAUAAACCGCGAGGAGAUAUCUACAAACGUAUUGGAAGAUGUAAAGAUCCUGGUAGUGGCUGGCCCACAAAAUGCAUUCACUGAUGAUGAGCUAUCGUCUCUCAAGCACAUGGUGGAGAGGGGUGACUCCGUGCUGGUAGCCAUGUCGGAUGGAGGAGAGGAACGGACUAAUACAAAUAUCAAUUUCUUUUUAGAGGAAUUUGGGAUUGUUGUUAAUAAUGAUUGCGUGGUGCGAGCCAAAUACCACAAAUUCUACCACCCGAAAGAAUGCCAUAUCUCCAAUGGUAUACUGAACCGAGCCGUCACCAAGUACCUGAUGAAGAUGCCCAACUACAGCAGCGAGUCUGAUGAUUUUCUUGAAGAACCGGCCACUCCAAACUUCGUCUACCCAUAUGGAGCUACAAUGACGGUGAAGAAGCCAGCUGCAGCCAUUUUGUCCAGCAGUGACGUAUGCUAUCCUGUCAAAAGACCAGUGGCUGCGUUAUAUGUUUCUGAAAAGACAGGAGGUAAACUCUUCGUAAUUGGUUCAGGACACUUCUUCGCUGAUCAGUACCUUGAAAGCGAAUGCAAUGACCUGAUUAGGGAGAUGAUAUUCAAUUACCUCGGAGGUGUGACUGAUCUGCAUCUUAAUCCGGUUGACGUUGAGGAUCCUGAUAUAAAUGAGUACCGUACACUAGGCGACAUGAUGUGGCUGAGCACUAUCCCGCUCCCGGAGCCAGCCACCGCGCCCCCGCCCCGCCUUACUCCGCUGCAUCCACAUGCUCUGUUUACGUGGAGACUUUUCUCUUUGAACCUGGCUCAAUUGCCCGAAGUACUAGGAUUGUAUGAUGCACUUGGAGUUAAACACGAACCUCUUCGAUUGAUCGCGCCGCAGUUUGAGACACCAUUCCCUCCGCUGCAAUUGGCCGUAUUCCCACCAACGUUUAGAGAGCCACCUCCUCCACCGCUGGAACUGUUUGACUUGGACGAAGCAUUCAGCUCGGAGAGGUCACAACUCGCCAGGCUUGCCAACAAAUGUCUGCAACCACAUUCAUCGCGGAUGGCACAAGGCGACGGCCGUCAACUAGAAAGUGAGUUGGAAUAUUUCGUCAGAGAAUGUGGCAGAGUCGUCAGAUUGUCCAAAGCCGUACCCACAGACGAGGGCCCCGCUGGCAAGCUCAUACUGCAUCAACUAGCCGUACAACUGGCCACAUACAAGAAAAUAGCUCCCAGAGAUUAA